UUCAGAACGGAGUGCACUCGCACUGGAUGGAUCUAUCCCGUGAGCAUGACAAUAAACACGCUCAAUCAAGCCGGGAGCUACAAAGUACAGAUGCCGUGCUUAACAAAGAUGGAGCGAGUUAUUGUAGCUAUGCAAGAUCCUGAUAUGGGGAUGAAGAUGAGGAACCAGAGGCUUCUUAUUACAGUCAUUCCUCAUGCUAUGACAGGAAAUGAUAUUGUGGAGUGGCUGAUUCAGAAAUAUUCCAUCACGGAGGAAGAGGCAUUACAUGUGGGUAACCUUAUUGUGAAGUAUGGCUACAUUUACCCACUGAAGGACCCUAGGACGCUGGUCCUCACACCAGACGACUCCCCCUACCGCUUUCAGACUCCAUACUUCUGGACUACGAACAAAUGGCCUGCUUCAGAGUUAGACUAUGCUAUUUAUUUGGCAAAGAAGAACAUUCGGAAACAAGGAGAACUGAUAGACUACGAAAAGGACAAUUACAAUCUGUUGCACAAGAAGAUUAACCAUACCUGGGACUUUGUGGUUAUGCAAGCAAGGGAGCAGCUGAGGGCAGCUAAGCAGAGGCGAAAGGCGGAUCGCAUUGUUCUCGAAUGCCAGGAGCAAGCAUACUGGCUUGUCAACAGACCCCCGCCGGGGGCAUUUGACGUCCUUGAACAUGGCCCAGAAAGACGGAACUGCUCCAACUCACGAGUACAGCUGAACACUGAGUACUACAAAAAAGAGAUCGAACGCAACAAAAAAUUCCUGUCACGAACUCGGGUUAAGUCCUCAAUUUGCCUGGAAAGCUAUGUCAAAUUCAGUGAGCAGUAUCAGUCCCAUGACCCCAUCAUGCAAGGCUGCCUUCCCAGCAACCCAUGGAUAACAGAUGACACCAUGCACUGGUCAAUGAAUUCAGAUAUGGUCGGCACCCCAACCAAGCUAAGGGUGGAGCGUUGGAGCUUUAGCUUCAUGGAGCUGCUGAAUGACCCUAUGGGAAGACAUGAGCUAAUGCAGUACCUGAUGAAAGAGUUUAGUGCGGAGAACCUCUGUUUUUGGCAAGCAUGUGAAGACGUCAGACAUGGAGAGAGCUCUAAAAUUCAACAGAAAAUUGAAGAAAUUUACAAGCAAUUCCUCGCUCCAGGGGCCAGCAAAUGGGUUAAUAUUGACAGCAAGACCAUGGAGAAGACUCUACUGGGCAUCCAGAACCCACAUCGCUUUGUCAUGGAUGAUGCCCAAAUGCACAUCUACUUCCUUAUGAAAAAGGACUCCUAUCCUAGAUACCUAAAGUCUGAGCUGUACAAGAACAUGCUUGCCAAAGCCAUUGUGCCACAGGAGACAAAGAAAAGUGUCUUCCCCUUCAUGAGGCGCCAACGUCAUUCAAGCCCUAGUCCAGCACUGGCCUCUCACGCCACCACAGAAGAAGAUGGGAAAGCAAAGCCCACUGGGACUUCUGGGGGUGCCGGUGCUACAGCACCAGCAGCACAAGCAGCAACCUGCUCUGGAACUGUUUCUCAGGUGUGAGAACACCCGGCUGCCCUCCCUGACUUGGUUUGUGGAGAAUGCUUUUCUGAUCUUUGUGUGGAGUGUCCCAGAUCUUACCAUACUCAACAGUUCUGUUCUUCGCUUCAUGCACCACUGCAUUCAUUUAGCUCAAUUUAAAUUCAGUCAUUUUCAGCAACGCAUUUUGGGAAAAAUAAUAUUGGUUGAGUGUGAGCGAUAACUUCACCAAGUUACUUCAUUUUGUACAUACUGUAUGCAAGGAGGUGUUUUUUCCUGUAGUUAGUUACAGUUUGUUUUUCAUGCCUGUGAUGUACUGUAGGGGCAAGCAGAUCUUAAUUUGUGGACUCACUGAAAUUUAAUUACCCCAGUACGCAGGUAUAUACACCACACAAUGAAACCUCAAAUAUUUGCUUGAGAGUUAACGCUAUUUUAUUUUGUACUGGUGUAUUUAUCUCUAAACAUGUUUCUAUUGAACUGGGAAUCACUGAGAAUUAUUUGGUGAUAUUUUUUUAAACAAUCAAUUAGACCAAAUUACCAUAGGCUUUUUCUCCCAUUACAAUGUUUCCAUGUACAUAUUUGGAUGCAUGGAUGGACUCAUUGUUUAUUGUUCAUCUGCAUGUGUAUCACUUUAUAAUUCAGGCAAUGCUUUGAGUUGUAAAUGCACUGUCAUCCAACUGAUUACAAUAAACCAAGCAACUUUGUGCUGCAUGGAAUUUUCACUCUCAGACACUUUCAGCAUGCGUAAUGCACUACUGGAUCGACAAAAGGUAUGUAUUGUUUCUUCUCCUUCACCUAAAUGACAAAUAAUAGCAGUGGAAUGCAUGACGUCUGAAGGUAAGCUUUUUUCAGCUUUUGUGCCAGAGAAGCAUCUGUGAAGCUGUGUCACAUAUCUUACCCCACUCUCAACAGCGAGGCCCUAGUUACACAGCAGAGGGAGCCAAGCAGUCAGUAGCAGUCAGUCAUUUUGUCAGGCUUUUCAUGUUAUAGAUAGGUGCUUAGACCAGACUUCUUACUCAGAGCUCAUGAACCCUCAUGAGUUGUAACCUUUGUAUUCCUCUCUGCCUCUUCUCCCUGUGUUUCUUUCUCUCCUCCGUAACAGCUUUGUAUUUUUUCCCACCCUCUGGUCAUGUUAUCGGCCUCCUCCUUCCCUCCGGCCUCCUCAGACUCACCUUAGACUCCCGCACAGCUUCUGCAGCACUGAGAGGUUCUUCUUCCUUUCCCCUGUGUUUCUGUGCCAUGCUUCAUUUCUUUGCUGCAACCUUUUUACACAGAGGGAUUGUGUCUUCUUACUUUUUCCAAUACGUACUUUACAGCAAUGCGCACAAUAUUCCAAUGGGAGCUUUCUUAUUAAAAUAAAUCACAGGGGGAAUCAAUAGCGCCUUUAUUUGUAAUUAAUUGGCUGAACAUCGCUUGUAACUGAACGAAAUGAAAUAAUAGGUGUUUUGUUGAUAAGUGUGGAUGAUCUCAGGAUGAUUUUUUUCUGCCAAUCAUUUUUGUCUUUGGUCCCUUGGAAAGUUUAACUAAGCUAAACUAAGCCUUCUAUUGUGUGUUUAUCUGGAAUUAGUCUGUUGGGUAGGCAUCUGUCACAUACAAGUACAGUUUAAAAAACAAAUCACCUGGGCAACAAUAAUUUUAAAGAAUCAAUAAGAACUAAGGGCAACAUCCAUGAAAUGACUGGGAAGUUGGGGCAAUCCAAACAGGGUGAAUGUUAAUUGUGUUGCUGGCACACAUUCCAGAGCAUCUGUUCUCUCAUUAUGUAAACUGAAAAAAAGAGUCUUUGGUCCUGAUGUAACA